AUGUUUGAUAAUACAGGAAGGACAGAACAGAAGGUUCAAAUCAAAACCAUUGAGAAAAUGGUGCCAUUCUUCCGUAAUGAGGAGGAAAUGAUCGCUUGGUAUGACAUCGACAAAGGUCCAAAGGAGAAAUUCCUGGAAACCAAGGUCAUACUUCUGGUCGGAGGUACCGGAGCAGGAAAAAGUACUAUGGUGAACGUGUUUGCGAAUUAUCUGAUGGGUGUCGAGUCCGACAGCCCUGUUCGUUUUGAGAUCGAUAUGAAGAAAGAGGUGAGCGGGGACAGCCAAGAAUCCAGUCAGACGAAAUGGGCAACAGCUUACACUUUCCACAAUCCGAAACGCCUACGUUUUCCUGUCACGAUCGUGGACAGCCCCGGAUUCGGAGAUACCUCGGGACUUCAGGCGAAUCAAGUCAUUACCCAACAGAUCCGAAAACUCUUCGAUACAGAGCGAUUCCAGAGCCUGAACCGUUUGGAUGCCCUGUGCGUCGUCGUUCAGUCGCCGAAUGCCAGGUUGACUCCGGGCGAGAGAUACGUCUUCAAUUCCGUCACGUCUAUGUUCGGGAAGGACGUGACGGAAAACCUCGUCAUUCUUGUCACUUUUGCGGAUCUUCAGGAUCCGCCAGUCUUGAAAGCCGUGAAGGCAGCCUCGAUACCUUGUCGCUGGGACUACAGAUUCAACAAUUCCACGUUCCUGUCGUGCGAGAUUCCCGGAGAGAAAUCCGUCAUGAUGGCUUACUGGAACCUGAGCAAGGAUAGUUUUAAGCGCUUUUUUGAAGACCUGGAACAGAGGGAACCCGUGGAGCUGAAAAUGACGAGGAAAGUGAUGGAAUUGGAGAAUGAGAUUAAGUCUCUUGAAAAGAAAAUUGUCGACGAGCUGGAGGAAGUAGGAAAGGCGGUGAAAGCAGAGCACGAUUCUAGAAAGCAGAUGACACAAUGGAUAAAAAAAGUAAUCGAGAACAGAAAGGAAUUGGAAGAGAUCGCGAUGCAGCCUCACCGUAUGACCAUCGACGGAUUCAUCGAUACCCUCAUCGACUCUGAGAACAUCGAUCGUCGGGGAGGCUACAAAGAGCGGCUUAACCUGCUGCUGAAGAUCAAGGAGAUUGUGCUCAAAGAUCCAGACUUCUCAGUCCAAGAGCAAAAUCCAGGAAACGAUAUACUAAAUCCCGGUCAAGCGUCCAACGAACCUCAUAAGAGCGACACAUUCACGAAAUGGCUGUUCAAGGGGAUCAAGAUCUUUUUUACAAAAGAUGGAGGUGCAUCACCGAACAAAGGGAAGCAGAGACCCAAUAAAUCUCGCAAAGCUCAAGCACCGCUUCCACCCCCCUCCGAGAAUCUUUCUUCGCACCCCGUCUCCAAGGUAGGGGGGAGCAAUACCGCCCAAGUUCCGCCGAAACGGCCUCCUCUUCCUCCGAUGUACAAUACUUCUGAACAAGAGGCAAGACUUCUUCCCCGUGAACUUGGGAAUCCCUGAAGUGCACGUUCAUGUCAAACGGACUCCUCAACCUCGGCCUUCUAUCUCCAAUAA